AUGGUGUUGAAUCGCGAGAAGCGUUCAACCGCAGGGAGAGCCCCACGGCGCCUUGAUGACGCAGAUAGAGAUACCCCGCCAGCCUCUGCACAGUCAACAGGGGCGCAGAAGGUGAUUUUGAGGGUUAGAGAGGAGUCUGUAGCAUCUCAGGGCUCUAAGAGAUCCUCCGAAAAGGGUUCUCCAGGGCCAGCAGGGCCAGCAGGGCGUAAAAGAGCUGUAUCAACGCAGCCUAUCUCUUUGCGCCGUCAAGAGGAUGUAUCAACUGCUCCACCCUCCUCAGAGCUUGAAUUUCUAGACGAAGAAAACGCGCAGGAUAAGGCUGAGCCAGAGGAGAUCGAGAAGGAGAUCCAGGAGACUCUGUUGAAGAGCAAUACUAGAGAUUCGUCCUAUACUAUAGAGUUAAGCGUUAUGCUAGGCAAGAGAGGGAUAUACAAUACCUCUAUUGAAUCCGAGAGGUUCAUUUUCGAGCGUUUCGAAUCAGAAGCUCAAAAUCGUGCCUCUAAAGCUGCUGAUAAGCAGAAAAAGGACGCUGAAUACCUUAGUUUUGAAGCAAGCAUCAAGAUAGGCCAGCAAAAGCCUCGACUCUAUACUAUUAAAGACAGGCUAGAUAUGAAUCGCGUUGAUAGAAUAGUAGCAGAGCUACAAAAAGCUUAUAACCGUGCAUCUUAA